CGGGGGUCCGCCCUCCCGCCGCCGCGCGCCGGGUGCGGGGCGCGGGGGGAACGUCCCGCGCGGCGCCUCUUCCCGCCUCUCCCCCCGCCCCGCCCCGCGCCGGCCGCCAUCUUGCGGCGGUGGCGGUGAACGGCGGCGGCGCUGCGGGGCUGCGGGGCGGCGGCCGGGGCCGGCGGAGCAUGCAGAGCGCGGAGCAGCGUCCCGCGGACGCGCACCCUGGCCAGUGGGUGCUGAUUGCGCCAGCGGCUGCUACUGAGUCCCCUAAGACACCUGACAGCGAACCUUUGUUUACAAAACUGCGCAAUCCAAGUACAGGGGAAGCAACCCUUUACUUAUUCAGUAGUGGUGCACAGCAGCUGUUUGAAGUAAAAGCUUUUCAUGAGGAGUAUCGUUCCUGGUUUAUCGGUGACACUGUUCAACAAGAUGGGCGCCUGCUGUUUGUUACACCAAUGGACCCCUUAUUUCUGAUACUUUACUACCUCAUAAAGGCAAACAAGGAGCAACACGGAAAGUUCCAGCCACUCAGUCAAGUUGUGCUAGACUCAGACUACCCUAGCUGCUCAUUGCUGCUGAAGUGUGCAGAUGUUAAACAGUACAUACAUCAUGUAACAGAAGAAAAAGAGAUUGGCAGUCAGAAAUUCCAUAAAUACAGCCAAGAGAAGACACUGAAGUGGUUAAAAAAAAAGGUCAAUCAAACAGUGAAAGCACUUCAAAGCAACAAUAUAUCUGUAGGUGAAAGGUUAUAUGCAGCUACAUUUAUCAGCUGUAAACAGAACACAGAUAGUGAAGAAGACUAUGUACGGUAUGCCCAUGGGUUAAUAUCAGAAUAUAUUCCAGAGGAUCUGAGUAAGGAGUUGUUAAAACACUUAGGGCUCCCAGAACUUAAAAGUCCAGCAUCAGAGCCACCAUUGAAGGUGCCUGUGCAAAGACGUGCAAGAAGAAAUUAAAGGAGCAUAAGGAGACUCACUAAUACUACUUUAACUUGCCAUAAUCUCAAAGCAGUUUUUAAAGCCUUUUUUUACUCACUUUCUGCAAAUAAAUGCUUGAAGUUAGACAUGUCCUGUUCCAAGAAAAAGCAAAUCUCAGCAGAUUAACAUUGUUAAAUAUGCGGUGUGUUAAACAUACACUGCUUCAAAUUUUAUAGCUUAUACACUAUUGGUCUAUCGGGCCCUUCCAGGAAAGCACUUACAAGCAUGCCUAAUGUUAAGCACAUGAGCAGUGAUCUUAAAGUCAGCAGUGUUGUUCAUGUGGAUAAGUGCUUUGCUGGAUCUGCGCCUAAAGCCCUGUUAGGUGCUGAGCAUCCUGAUCCAUAUCCAGCAAAGCACUUAACGACCAUGCUUAUCUGAAGUGGAAGAGCCAGUCCUAACCAAUAUUUGUGCAUUAGUGUUCACCAUAAAAUCUCUCUUGGCACAAUGACUCACAUGCUUAAAAUUAAGCACCUGCCUAAGUAUUUUGCAAGGUCAGACCAUCAGCAUCUUUGAGCAAGUCUUAAACAAUUACUUGAUUUUGUAUAAUUUUCUUUUUUUGUACUCAUCAUUUUUUUAAGUGAGUAUGUGAUUUUGGUGGCCAUCAUUGCAAGUUUUAGAAGCUGCAUGGCAAAAUACAUUGUAUGCCAUUUUGCCCUUUCAUUUACAAAAUCUUGCUAAAUUCCACAAGAUGGCCUUUUUGACUAGAAGUCCAAUGUUAAGACUUAGAAUCAUCCAAAAUGAAAAAAAAAAAAAAGUUAACUCUAUGUUUUAGGGCAUUUACCUGUUUUGAAAUUAUUUCACUGAGUUCGAUUCAAAUGGUUUUGUCUGACCCUGACCUUUUAUCCAUAAGAUGUUUUUACCUGGCUCUGGUUGUGUGGACAGGCUGACUCUUGAAGUGCUGAAGCUUGAGGUAGGAUAUGUGUUCAGAGGGGCAGAUGGAGAAGCUGUGUUUUGAUAAUUAUUUUUUUUUCCUAAGGUAUUGAAACCUUAGAAAAGUUUAUAAAAUAACGUGUGAAUUUUGUGUCGAGAACUAAACCAAAACCUAUAUAAUCCCCCAGGUUAAAAAAAGAAAGACGUAAUUGUUUAUUUUUUUAAUCGUGUAAGAGACUUUUUCUGUGGAGUGACCUUCAACCAAAAUGUAAAUUUGAGUCUACAUAAAACAUGCAGAAAUUCAAAGCUAAUGAUAUGCUUAAGUGAUCUGUGUUAGAUGCAGAUGUUUUUAACUUAAAUACCUGUUUAUCAAACUACUGUUAAUACCAAAUUCCUUGCUACAAAGCUUUUUAAAAGUAAAAAUUGAGAGGAUUUUGAACAUAAUGAAUGGGUACUUCUGUAAUUUUUAACUAUGACCCCACUUGACAGACACAAAUGGCCAAUAUAUUCUGUAAAUCUUAAAUAAUUUUAAUAUAUUUGACAUUGCUGAAAACUAAAUUCCAAGGCAAAGAGGAAAUAGCUUAUUCAGCUUUGUAUUCAACUGAUUCUGAUCAACUCUAUUUCAGAAUAUGAAAAACCUGAACUUAGAAAUCAUUUGUUAUAGGAAAUGUAAUCCGAAUGCUUAUUUUAGAAAUUUGCACUGAAUUGUUUUUGUUACGUUUGCCUGGUUAAGUGAUAUGCACUGUCUCUUUUCAAGGGAAAAUUCUUAUUUUAAUGUAGUUUUCUAGGCAGUACUGCAAGAAUAUUAUACGGGUCCAAGAUGAAAUUUGUAUUUUUCUAGUUUAUGUUUAAAAAGCGCUUGAUAUAUGAAUAAGAUUAUAUAUUUCAGUAAAGUGUGACUCCAUUUUUUGUAAGAUUUUAUUUUUAACUCGUGCAAUAA